UGGAAGUAACGCCCUGUUUUGGUUUAGAGCUUGAAUCAUUUAUGUUCGGCUAAAAAGGAUUUGUUACACCUGACGUGACAACCCAAAAUUCAUCAACUUGAACCAACCAAGCUCUGAUCCAUGUCCAUAUACAGCUGUCAAAGGUUGUAAAGACACAAAGCCAAGACAGCAAGGCAACCAAAAUCUGAGCAGACAGAUAAACCUGUCCAGAGAAGCCACCACCUGCUAAUCUGUUAUUAGUACACUCACCACUGUAAUGCAAGGCAGUAGCACGACGCACACCAUGACCUCCCGCCUAAACUACGUCGUAUCGAACUAAUUCCUGCACUCGAUCGGUCGCUUUCUCUAAUCUCUCCGUCUCCUAAAUGUCCUUCUCCUGCGGAGUGGAGUGCGUGGUGGUGGUGGGGUGCAUGCGCUGGGCCUGGAAGCGGUGCACCUAUAUAGGCUCCGACGACAGCGCCACGUGGCCCUUGGCCACGCCCGAAGAGUUCGAGGCGGUCCCACGUGUCUGCCGGAUAAUCCUGGCCGUCUACGAGAGCGAUCUCCGGAACCCGCAGUACUCGCCGCCUGGCGGGUACGGACUCAACCCGGACUGGGUCGUCAAGCGCGUGACGUACGAGCAGACGCGGGGGCAGGCGCCGCCCUACCUCAUCUACUGCGACCACGACCACAGUCAGAUCGUGCUGGCCAUCCGCGGACUGAAUCUCGCCAAAGAGAGCGACUACAAGCUCUUGAUGAACAACCGUUUGGGCAUGCGGAUGUUCGACGGCGGGUACGUGCACCACGGGCUGUUGAAUUCGGCGAUCUGGCUGCUGGACCAGGAGUCGGAGACGCUGGGCCGCCUCUGGGUGGAUAAUGGGUCGAGCUACGAGAUGGUGUUCACGGGGCACUCGCUCGGGUCGGGAGUGGUCGCGCUUAUGACGGUGGUGGCGGUGAACCACCGGGACCGCCUCGGCGGAAUUCCCAGGGAGAAGAUCCGGUGCUACGCGGUUGCGCCCGCCAGGUGCAUGUCGCUCAAUCUGGCUGUCAAGUAUGCGGAUGUGAUAUAUUCGAUCGUUUUGCAGGAUGAUUUCUUGCCAAGAACAGCCACCCCCUUGGAAGAUAUAUUCCGGUCACUCUUCUGCUUGCCCUGCUUAUUAUUUUUGGUGUGCUUGAGGGAUACCUUCAUAGCAGAAGGUAGAAAGCUUAGGGAUCCGAGGAGGCUUUAUGCACCUGGACGAAUGUAUCACAUUGUAGAGAGAAAAUUUUGCAGAUGCGGGAGGUUUCCUCCAGAAGUCAGAACUGCCAUUCCUGUUGAUGGGAGAUUUGAACAUAUUGUUUUGUCUUGUAAUGCAACAUCCGAUCAUGGAAUUAUUUGGAUAGAACGAGAAGCAGGAAAGGCGAUGGAAAGAAUGAAGGAAAGCACUUCCAAGACUGUAACAACCGCUCCUAAAGUACAAAAACUCAAUAGGAUGCAGACUUUUGAAAAAGAACACAAAGAUGCAUUGGAAAGAGCUGUCAGUUUGAAUAUCCCUCAUGCAGUGACCACCUCUGAGGAGGUAUCCUCUCAGGACAAUGAUGCAGAGCCUUCAGAGAGUCGGGGAGAAGAUGCCUCGAACACCAAGUCAAAGUCCACUGGUGGAAGGACAAGCUGGAAUGAAGUGGUUAAAAAGCUUUUCACGAAGGAUGUGACUGGAGGACUACAUCUAAAAGGAGAUGCAAAUGCUCCACAAUAACAACAAUUACUCUCUUUUUUUGGAGUCUGAGGUUAGGUGUCCUUUUUUGUUAUUGGGUUUUUUGCACAUUGCACAUCUCUUUUGUAUAAAGAAUUAUCAUGAUUACAUAGUCCCC